AUGAAGCUCCUGAUUUUCGCAUUUGUGGCUGCUGCGUCUGCUGCCCCUCAGGGGUACAACCUGCCUACGCCAUCUGGCCCUUCUUUUGACUCUGGAAGUUGUGGCAAUGGACAAGUGCGACACGUGGACGGGAGUUGCGUGACACCUCAAGUGAACAGCCGUGUGUUCCUGUACGAUGUGCCAGCAAACGAAGGUGUUGUCAAUCGGCCAAGUUAUAUUCCUGAACCUAAAGUGGAACGCAACAUCAUUUUCGUGAGACUUCCUGACGGCGCACAGGGACCAGAACCCAUCGUCGUACCACCGCCACAACAGCAACACGUCGUGUAUGUCCUGAACAAGCAGUCUGACCAGGACCAGCGAGUGAUCGAAGUGCCAGCGCCGCCGCCAUCCAAACCCGAAGUGUUCUUCGUGAACUACGCAGAAGGAGAGAACCCGACUCUUCCCAGCGGAGUAGACCUCCAGACGGCGCUGAGUUCAGCUUCCCAGGGCGGCGGCCAAGUUAUUGGAGGCGGUGGUGUUGGAGGAGGAAUCGGAGGUGGAGUUGGAGGUGGAGUUGGAGGAGGAAUCGGAGGUGGAGUAGGAGGAGGAAUCGGAGGUGGAGUAGGAGGAGGAAUCGGAGGUGGAGUAGGAGGAGGAAUCGGAGGUGGAGUAGGAGGCGGUAUCGGAGGUGGAGUAGGAGGUGGAGUAGGAGGUGGCAUUGGAGGUGGAAGCUACAAUCCCCCGACAAGCAAUUACUCUCCUCCAUCCAACCUCUACAACACACCAUGAAAUAGGAAAAUGAAAGGAUGAAAGUUUUAAUUCUUUAUAUAUAUGUAAAUAGUUAUGUUGCACAUGAUUGUUAUACGUUUACCUUUGUGGUAUCUACAUGUUAUU